UGUUAUGGGUUGCCGCAUUGUUCGAGACAGUGAGACACGAGAAACGGUUGCCUCUCUGGAUGUGGUCAGCGCCGUGUCGCUUUGAAGAUCCUCCUGAAAUCCUUUUCAAACCCCGUGAGUUGUCCUGUUGCUGUUGCUAUAGGGCAACUCAAGGGGUUCGAAAGUGAGUUUGGUUUGGAAGGACCCAAGUGUGGCUGUUGAUCGGGCUUUUGCUCUUGGGAGGAAGCCUGGAAGGAAGGGUGCGCUGGCUGGGAGUGCCGCCCGCAAGUUUUGUCUGCGCGUGCAGAGGGGGAGGAAUUUCUCUUCUGAUGUUUUCUCUUUGUAUUUCCUCUGGACAGUGACCAGAAGCAGCAGGAGCAAUGGAGAUGCAGUCCUACUACACCAAGCUCCUGGGGGAGCUCAAUGAGCAACGGAAGAGGGACUUUUUCUGCGACUGCAGCAUUAUUGUGGAAGGCAGGAUCUUCAAAGCACACAAGAACAUUUUGUUUGCCAACAGUGGCUACUUCCGAGCCUUACUGAUUCACUACAUUCAAGACAGCGGACGACACAGCACUGCUUCUUUGGACAUUGUUACUUCAGAGGCCUUCUCCAUCAUCUUAGAUUUCCUUUAUUCAGGGAAGCUGGACCUCUGUGGGGAAAAUGUUAUCGAGGUCAUGUCUGCAGCUAGCUACCUGCAGAUGACUGAUGUGGUUAACUUCUGCAAAACGUACAUCAGGUCAUCUCUAGAUAUCUGCAGGAAAAUAGAGAGAGAAGCUGCUUUCUAUCAGGCUGAUAGUGGAAGCUCCAGUUCUGCCAGAGAAGGCACCUCUUAUGGUACAAAGAACCAGUGCUCGGCCUCCGUCUCUUCUCUGCAAGAAAAGGAAAGGCUUUCAGAUUGUCAGAGAGAUCCUCCCUGCGGUGAAUGCAGCAGCUGCCACCCCUUGGAACUUGUGGUGAGAGACCCCGUGAGCAGCGACUCCCCUGACGACCUUAAUUCUUCGCUGCCCAAAGGGGUGGAACCCAAAGUAGAGUUUGACUCGGAUGAAGUGGAAGUGGAAGUGAGUGAACGACUACAGCAGUAUCCAACUCCACUGUCUCUUGAGCAGAUGGAAGAGGGGCUGCACAGCGGUCAGGCCGUGGAUCUGGCCUGCAAUAACUAUCAUAUGAAGCAGUUCCUGGAGGCCCUGCUGCGCAAUAGCACCGCUCAGAGAAAAGACGAUGUAGUCCAUCACUUUGUUCGGGGUUUUGAGGGUAGGCCAGAGGAUGCAGGGGUGGCCAUGAGUUCCAUGAUGGACAUUCACAGCGACUGGUACGGUGAGGAUACAGGUGAUGUGUUAGUUGUGCCAAUCAAGCUCCACAAAUGCCCAUUCUGUCCCUACACGGCUAAGCAGAAGGGAAUACUAAAACGGCACAUCCGCUCCCACACAGGCGAAAGACCCUAUCCCUGUGAGACGUGUGGCAAGCGCUUCACCCGGCAGGAGCACCUUCGGAGUCAUGCUCUGAGUGUGCAUCGAUCAAAUAAGCCAAUUAUCUGCAAAGGUUGCAGAAGAACGUUUACAAGUAGCCUGUCACAGGGAUUACGACGCUUUGGCUUGUGUGACAGCUGCACUUGUGUAACCACUACACAUGAGGAUUCCAUGCCUAUUAACCUCAGUUUGAUGGAACCAUCAUCAGAAAGUCAAGAAAAGGGUGAUACGGACAAUGACUGGCCCAUAUACGUGGAAUCUGGUGAGGAAAAUGAUCCAGCUGAUGAUGACGAUGGUGAUGGUGAUGAUAAACAAGAAAUCCACAGGAGUUUAUCAGACCGGGAGGCACUUAUGUAGCAACAAAAGGAAGGUGGAAGGGUUUAAAGCAUCAUCUCCGAGAUUUGUCAUUUUGCAGCAGAAAACUGCAGAUUUAUGCAGUUCUUUCAAGUGUUUUAUUAGCAGAUUCCAUUUCUGAUAAAACACAAGAGAAGAAUUUAAUUUUGGAUUUUUUUUUAAGGUUCCAGUGCUGUGCACUAGCAUUCUGAGGGAAAUUUCCUGUCCUGGCUAAACAGAGGCUGGGUUCCUUGCAGUCUCCACUUGUGCUUCUACAGCCUGGCUUUGAGGGAAAGAACAUUUUUUUUUUUUAUAGAUGAAAUAUCUCCAUGUUCGUUUGAUACUAAGUUUCCUCCCAUAAUGCUGCCACAGCCCCCACUGCUGAUCUCAAAGGGGAGGCAUCAUCUAGGAAAAAAAAUACAUUUCAUCAUUAACUUUAGACUUCUCUAAACUACUUUACCAUCUUCCCAGCUCAGUUCUGACAGUCCUAUAUGUAGAUCCUACUAGUUUAUUUAACCUAAAGUUUAGAAUAGUAUUUGAGCUGGAAAGCAGGAUAAACAACCAAGAUAACAAGACCUGUGCUACAGAAGGAAGUAUAUUCAGGAAAGAAUCUUCACAUAUGCUUAUUUACAUGUGCUUCAGAGAGCAAGCUAAUUUUCUGGGCAGCUUUUCUUUCGCUGCAUCUCCUUGCUGGGGAGCAACAGAACUUGAGCUGUGGAUCUUCAAGUCUGUCUUGAAUGCUAUUAGAUUUGGAUUAAAAACUAUCAAGAGUGACUCACAAUCAUGGAAAAUAUCAUAUCAUCUAACAAGCACUGGUCUCAAGCAAGAUUAAGUGCACUAUCUUCCUGUUUUCAUCCUUUUAAAGUAGAAGUUAUGACCUUAGUAGACUAGAAAUGUGGUAACUUCCAGAAUUCCAGUUAUAGUAGUUUAAAUAAUUAGAUCUGUUGCUGAUAUAACUAAGGGGCAAUUCCAAAGAAAAAUCUGAACUACACAUUAAAUAUUCCUGUAAACCACACUUAAAGCAGUCAAGCAAAUAUCCAUGUGAAAUAUGCUAUAGCAUCCCCAUAUGCAAAUCCUUUUCUUUUCCGUGUGUGUGUGAGAGUUUUUUUUUCCUUCUUAGUCUUUGGUGAUUGCCAUGAUGGUUUACAUUGUCUACUGAAUUCAUCCAAGUGCUCGCUCAAAUUCCAACUUGGACCCUGCAUUCUCCCUGUGGGAUAGGUGCAAAUUGGUUUGUGAAGGUGAUGAGGUCACUGUAUUCAGUUUACCUCUCCAGUAGUGAAUUACUAUAAGCUGUAGAAAUUAAGCUGGGAAACUCAGGUUGGGGGGAGCUCAUGGAUAAGCUACUUCUAAACUUACUACUAGUGAGGAGACAAUGUUGGAGGAUUCCAUGAAGUGAAAGUGCAUGUUCUACAUAGAUGGCCCUUUCUUACUAUCUUGUUCAUAAGUGUUUAGUGAAAAGGUAUAUUGUAUAGGAGUUUCAUUCUGGAUCAAAUGUUAGAACAGAAGAUUGAAGCCAGAUGUCAGUGUUAAAAAAAGAUCGUCUUGCUUAAAGAAAAUGUUAGUUUUAUAUUUUGAGGGAAGACAUUGCAUUGGGAAAAACUAAAUGGAACAUUUUUAUAAAAAAGCAGCUAAUUUAACCAGUUAUUUUCUGUAUACCUUGUGCUUUUAUUUCAAAGAUUGAAUAAGAACAUUGUACCCUGCAAUUCAGCUUCUCUAUCUGCUCCAUCCUAUAGUGAAGCAGUAAUUCUGUUAUGUCACACUUUAUUUUGAACAGAAGUGAUUAUGGUAUCACAAAUGUAGCAUUAUAACUUCAUUGCAAAAUCAAGUAGGAUGAGGAAAGAAAGAAAAUGCUUUUGUUUAAACAGGUCACUUUAAUUAUUUAGUGAAGUAGUGAGAAAUUAAAAAAAUAAGUGAAAGAUAAAUAGAUCUAUUUGAUAAAUCUCCCCAGAAUCAACAUUUCUUUAAACGCUACCUUCUCUGCCUGUGUGCGCAUCUCUGUCUGGGUUUAUGUUGUCUGAUUUUAAAUUGAGUGGUGCAAAAUACUAAAGGGAUGUUGUUUGUAAACAGACUUUGUUACAAAUCCUCCUAAAUAAUUAUUUCAAAUAAUUUGUAAAUUGAUGUUAGAGAUAUCUGAACAGAUAUAUCACAGUUGUACCGAGAAGACGAUUAGUACUAGGCUAGAUUUUUCAAAAGAACUUGUCACCCAGCAGACACUUAAAUAAAGCAGCGAGAUUUUCAAAAGCAUCCUAAACGGUUUCUAUUAGGUGCCUUUAUGGGAUCUAAGCUCUUUUGAAAAUCCUACUCUAUUUUUAGGUGCCGAGCACUUUUGAGACUCUCACCCUCCAGGUGGGUUUUUAAAUCACUUAAGUCACUUUUGAAAAUUCUGCCUAUAGUCCUAUAGGGUUUAUCUCUAACUACUUCUUUAUUUCUGCUUAGUCAACCCAGCUUCAUAGUGGUAUUUUCUGAGAUUUCAUUGUCAGAUAGGGGAAGGACUUUUAUAUGUGGAGAUGUUUGAAAAGAAAUCCUCAUAUGUAGGACUGUUGAGGGCUAUAUUGUAUAAUGAAUGUGGGAUAGGAAUGUAAAUAGUGACUCUAACUAACCUUUAAUGAAUAGGCAAGCUGUUCUUUAUGGUCAGUCUGACAGAGAGAUGCCACCUUCUUGUAAAUAUUUUAGAGGCCAUUAGACUUGGAAUAUCAGUUGAAUAUGGUACUGGCUAGUGAGCUAUGAUUGAGCUUUAUGGUGAUUAAGCUAAUCAAAGAAAGCUGCAUAGCUAUGGUGAGACAUGUACUAGUGAACUCUGAAAUUGUGAAGACCUCCAGAGGAGGGAAUUCAUUGCUCUUGUGAAGGUCUGUAUGUCCAAAUUUAAGAGGUGACCUUCAACAGUUCUAUUUCAGCCUGUUUUCUUUGGUCUUAGAGAUUUUUCUUGUGUGUCUCGUGCAUAGAGAAUGGACCUGUAUUAACUUUUGUGUAAUGUGGGGGGAAAGGGGGUGGGUGGGAAAGACAUUCAAUUCACAUACCAUUUGAAAGUAACCACCAAAAUUGCUAUUUCCUGUUCUGUCAUAUUGUGCUGCUUUGUUUUUCAGUGGGCCUUGCUUCAGCCUUUGUAUUUAGUAGAAAAAGAUGUACUUUAUUCACUUUCUUGUGAUAGAUGUUCAUGUAAAUCUGUUUUCUGUGCUUCCCACCCAGUACCAUGAUGUUUCCCUGAAACCUUCCUUUGAGAAUUCAGCCUUUGCAAGCUUUGAGGAAAUGAUCUAUCUGUUCUAAAAGAAUAUUCAUAUGGUGCUUAAUGAAGACUCAAACGACUGUUUUUAGGUGUCUAGUUUCUAAUGUGAUCUUUUUUCUCUCAAAGUUUUUAAAAGGUCAUGGAAACUACAUAUCUUAAACUUUUUCAUAAUUCCUGAUGUAUUCCUGUAAUUCCUGAUCCAUUCCUGAUCUUUGUUCAGGAAUGGAUAUCUUAAUUUAUUUCUGCACGUAAUUGCACUGUUUCUCACUGAAGAAAUGCAUGCUGUGGUGAUAUCAAUAGUGCAUUUCACUUCCUGGUGCAAGACCUGAUUUAACCUUAAAAAUAGUAAUCUUCCAAAAUUGAAUAACUUUGUUUGAUACUUGAAAAGCAAUUUGAUAGCUGGAGUCUGAACCUAGUCUACCUUUUAAUUAACCCAAACUCCUGUAAGAUGAACCUUGUUUACAUAAGCGAGCUUACUACAUUAUUGGAUACUGGAGCAAUCUAAAAGUUAUUGGCCCUUUCUAGAAAUAAACCUAUUUGAGGUAGUGAUUCUUGUAUUUUACAAAACAUACACAAAUUGACUGCAUAAAUUGUUGAAAUUUCAAGUUAAGGCUUUUACUUCAUUUUUAGUUUCUGGAAAUUCAAUCCAUUUGUUGCUGAAAAUGGACAAUGUGUAAAUAAAAAUCCAGUUUUUAGUGGGAAGCAAAUAAAAGUCUAAUCAGUAUCAAAAAUAUAAUCAGGUAUUACUCCUAACUGAAUUUCCUUACCUAUUUUUAUGGUUUUGGUAUCAUUCUUUUUUUCUGUCUUUUCCCCUCCCCUGUGGCAGUAUGAGGAGUGGGCAGCAUGCUGCCAAGAAAGCACUGAAACUGGCUACACGGAAAAUGGUGUCAUAUGCAUAUCAUAAACUUGGAGAGAGAAAGAGAGAUUUUUUUUCCCUUUAUCUCCUCCAGUGGUGACAAACUUGUAUGUUACAAAAAUAACAGCAGUACAUUUAAGAAAAUCCAAAACAAGUAUUAUUUUAAAUGUGUUUAUGUUAAGUGAACAGUUAAGAAAUACACUUUACUUUUCGCUAGUUUUCUUUUUGCAUUUCUUCCAUGUCAGGAAUGAAUGUGUUAUAUUAUGGGUCCUAAUGCUACAGCAUUGGAGUUUCAAACAUCACAUAGGAAUUGUGCACAUUUUUAAAUGAACCAUUAUCAUUUGCUAACAGGUGGAAACAUAUUUGUUGGCUAUACACUGUGCAAAAGUUUGUCUGUCUUCACAGGACUAAAAUUUGGGGUUAAACCUAAAAGUUGAUAAUAUACUUCUGCACUAUGGCAUGCAUAAUUUUAUUUUGUGGGUUGUUUUCCUUCUUCACCUUUCUAGAAAGUGGAAAGCACAAUAUAAUGCAGUAUGAACAAUACAAAUAAGUUCAGUGAUUGAUUGAGGUUUCAGUUCUGGAACUUUCAAGUUUAGACUUUCUAUGUGUGCGGAAUUGUUAAAAAUCUUUUAAAGACUUCAGCUGUUCUUAAAUGAAAAUUGGUAGUUAAGGAAAUGUAGUCAUGAUCCUGUCACUGGCUCUCCCAUGUACAGAUUGUAGUAGGAUUCAGGCCACCACUAUGGUGGUGGUGUUACUAUUGCCAAGGCAAACUUGAACAUUCUUUAGUUAGGAAGGCUCCUGACAAUGACUAAAGCAAGUACUGCUCUUUUAAAUUAAACUUCUAUUUUAAAUCAGUGUAAGCAUGGUCACAAAUUAAAUAUGACAGUUACAUUACAUAGUUAUUUAAACACCAUCCCAAAAUAGAGAAGCAGUAUUCUACAUUCAAAACUAUAGACCUGCAAAAACAUUUGCAGAACAGUUUCAAUUUAAAAUUAGAAUUACCAAAAUAUGUGAGUUUAGGUUUCUUACAUACCUGUAGCUAAUAGUCCUAUAAAGACUUAAAUACAUACUUGAUUGAGUGGCUGUAUGCAACAUGGAACUAAUCAUGCAUGAAGUUAAGCAUGAUUUUAUUUUAUUUUAUUUUAUUUUAUUUUUUUGGAACACUAGGGGCCAGAUCAGAAAUAGUCUUUCAGGUAUUUUUGAACAGUAAGAUUUAGUUUGUAUUGAAAUUUCAGUUACUUAUGUACCUCUGAAACUGAAGUUUAUUAUGUGAAUGCUAAGUUAAUGUUGGUGUCAUUGAUUGUGCCAAUAAUAUUCUAAUUAUUUUAUUACUGUUUGAGCCCAAAUAACUAAUAAUGAGGGAGACGAAAUCUCCCAUAUACUGUUCAAAUAGAAAUGUUAGAUUGUUUGCUUUAGAAAUGCUCUAUUUUUAUAUAUUUUUUUAAGUUUUAUUGUUGGAGCAGGUAGAUAAUGUUGCAUCUUUUACUGGAUCAACAAAUAAUUUAGAAUAUUUCCAUUUUGGGGACUCAUUAGCUUCUGUAUUAAACUGAGAGACUGUUAAACCAACCAAAAGUUAAGCCAGCACCUAAUAUCAGAAGCUGUUUGGCCUGAAAGCACCUAUAUUUGAUCCAGCAAGUACCUUGUAAGGUCUUCAAGGCAUGGGUCUCAAAGUCAAUAUACGGUUUAUUUUUAUGGAGCCCAAUAUGAAAUCAGAAUUAUACACUUUAGUGUACUUGCUGAUCCAGUAAAGGCUGUUUUCUGCCUUUCCACUUUUGAAGGCCAGCAUGACAACAAGUAUUUUUUGAAUAUUAGGGUUCAAUCAACUUCUUGAAACAGAUGAGUUGGUUAACUAAACCAAAUCUUCCUGAUGUAUGACAGUAAUAAAUAUGAAGCAUGCUUAGUUACAAAAGAUAAGCAAACAAAUGUGCAGGAAGUUCCUCAGUUAUCCCUACUUCUUCUGUAAGUCUCCAACUUCUGUUAUAUUUUCACUGUUUUAAAUAGUACUUUCAGUUGAAUAAACAGUUAAAAACAGGAGAGAAAUGUGACUCUUUAAAAAUGCCUUGGUAUUUUUAUUAUUACGUAACAGCAAGGUAAGAUACAGUUUUUAAAAAAUGAAAUACUAAGGCAACCCUUUCUCUUGAGGAGAGGGAGGGAACUGACAUCUAAUCGAUUAUCCCCUGGUUCCAUAAGCAUUGAGGGACAAUAGUUUUAUGUGGAACACUAGUCUCACUGUGCAACUCUAACAGUAGGAUCUUUUCAGUGUCUGACAAAAGAUUACUGCCCAGUAUUUAAACCUUUCAUUGUGCAAUAGGAGAAGUGCUAGCCAGGCAGACCUUUGGAGAUCUUAAUACUGGAAAUGUUCCAGUGGUCACCAAUGGGAAAGCAGCACUGACAUUUUAUCAUUAGCUGAUAGGUUUCCAAGUGUAUUUGUCCCUCUGAUACUGGUGUGUGUGUGUGUGUGUGUGUGUGUGUGUGUGUCAGGGUGGCUGAUUUAAAAGUUAAUUAAACCAAAGUUUAAAAUUUGUGUAUACCACCAACAUAUAGCAGCAAUUUACCCUUUUUAAGGGGUGGGAAACAAAUCUUUAAGUGCUUUUUUGUAACUUUUGUAACUUUUGCUUUUCUACAGUGGUGCAUUUCUGAAUUUGUCUUUAUUGUAUGUUAAAUUGUAUAUGUAUUAUAUGUUUAUAUUGUUGUAUGUAGUCCAGUUCUUUUAUAGUUAAAGAACAGAAAACUCAAAUAUCUAACAAUAAAAAAUGUGGCAUGUUUUUA